GUAAUGGAAGGGUGACUGUACAGUCUGGGUAUCGUUCAGAGCUGCCUUGGGAAACCAGAAGUUACCGAAAAUGUCAAGUAGGUAUCACAAAGCAGCAGCCGAUGGCAAUUUGGACCUCUUGAAAGAAGCCACUAAGAAAGACCUCAACACUUCAGAUGAAGAUGGGAUGACGCCCACCCUUCUGGCAGCAUACCAUGGGUAUCUAGAAGCUCUGGAAGUCAUAUGCCGGAGGGGAGGUGAUCCGGACAAAUGUGACAUCUGGGGGAACACCCCUCUCCACCACGCCGCUUGCAAUGGUCACAUCCACUGUGUUUCUUUUUUGAUCAACUUUGGUGCCAAUAUUUUUGCUCUGGACAAUGACCUCCGCACUCCCCUGGAGGCAGCUGCCAGCAGAGACCGCAAUGAAUGUGUCCGAAUCCUGGACAAAGCUGCUACCGAGCAGAACAUGCUGAAUCCAAAGAAGGUCUCCAAACUCAAAGCACAGGCCCAGAAGAAUGUGGAGAAACAAAUCAAGGAAUGUGAGAAGCGCCAAGAGAAACACCAGCAUGAGAUGAACCGGAAUUAUAUGAAAGAAAAGGUUGGCACAGUAAAUUCUUCCCAAGGGACACACUCCAGAAUAAAGCUGCCUGGUCUCUUUGCUUCAAAUACAACAAAUUCUUUCUCCAAAAAUCUGAAAGAUACCCUCAAACUUAAGGCAAAAAAGACAGCUGACAGCACAAGAAGCCAGAAAUCACAAAGCAGCAGCCAAGAUGAUGGUAUGGGUAGGACAAGUGUGAUGCAUUUGUUCGAUGAGAAAGAGGAGGAUGAAUUACUGAAUGACGUUGGAGAGAAAAACUUUUCUGAUGACAGUCAGCUCUCCAUUUUUAAGCGGCCAGGUCUUGGCAAGAUUGUAUUUGGAAGGAAUUUGGCUGCAGAUGUAAAUCCUGAAACUGUAUCUUCUGAGACAGAAGGUGUAAGCUUUAAAAUGUCCAGCGAGCUCUUCCAGCAUGAAAAUGCUGAGAAUGGCAGGGAAGAUAGUGCUGAAAAUGGUGCCGAUAUCCCUUGGCAUGAAGAAGCCAUUUGGGAUGAUGAGGAAGCAGAGAACACACCCCUUGAGGUAUUUCUGGCAUCACAGAUGCUGGAUGAGUUUAUUCCAGUCUUCAUGAGGGAAAAAAUUGAUUUAGAUGCCCUGAUGCUAUGUUCUGAUGAAGAUCUACAGAGCAUUCAGAUAGAGCUUGGGCCAAGAAAGAAAGUCCUGAAUGCCGUGAAUAAAAGAAAAGAAGCACUCAAGAACCCUGGAAAGACUGUAGAUACUUGCUUAUAAAUUAACAUACCUGGUGCUGUAACCUGCACACUGAUUCAUUAUCUUUUCCUCUUACCAAAAAAGCAUGCUAUUCUUUUUGGACAUCUGCUAAAGCAAAAGGCAGAGAGGUUACCAAUUGCUUUAGAAAGUGCAGCAAGGAUACAGAUUUUCCUCUCUGGAUUGAUGGCUGUGGUGUGCAGUAUAUUAAUUCAAGCAUAUUCUGCCAAAAAGAAAGAAUGUGAAGGUUAAAAACCAAAAGCUAUAGAUUUAAGCCUCUUUUUCCCUGAACUGUUUGUGGUGAUCAGAUUUAUUCUCACUGGAAUAACUUAAAAUAUUAGUGAAAGCCAGCUCCACACUACAUUCCUUUGUAAAGCCCCUCCCUUCAUCUCCAAAACCACAAUGCAAAGAGCAUUCCCAAAGCUUCAGAGCUUUGAGUUUUCUCCCUUCACUUCUGUGAGAUUGCUACAAACUGCCCUUCCUGGUACUGAUGAUAUGUUAGAAAUAGCAUCUGAAUCUUGAUUUCAGCUCUGGCUUAUUGAAUCUAAUAGCCUCUGAAUGAGUGCAAAUAAGACUAAU